AUUUUAAUUAGCGAUGCUUAAUGAAUUUAGGAUGUAGUUACCUAUAUUCUAAUUUAGAGAUAAAAUUAUCAAAUCAAUAAGAGAAAGUAAUAAUGAAUAAUAUUGAUUAGAUUAGGUAAUAAUAAUAGCAGGUGAAACUGGUUGUGGUAAGACAACACAAAUACCUUAAUAUAUUUAUGAAAAUGACUCAAAUCUAAGAAUUGCAGUUACUCAACCUAGAAGGUUUGAUUUGGCAAUUUAUUUUUAGAGUAGCAGCUAUGACUCUAGCAGAAAGAUGCUCAUUAGAAAAAUAAACAAAAUUAGGAUAAUUGAUUGGAUAUAAUGUUAGAUUUGAUGAUUGUACAAGCAAAGACACAUAAAUAACAUUUUUAACUGAUGGAAUGUUGAUUAGAGAAUUUAUUGUUGGUAAUUAAAUAAACUAUGAAGAUUAACAAUUAAAACGAUAUGAUAUAAUUAUAAUUGAUGAGGCUCAUGAAAGAACUGUUUAAUCAGAUUUAUUGUUGGGUCUAUUAAAAAAUUUAUGCAGGAAAAGAAAACAAUUAAAGGUCAUUUUGAUGUCUGCCACAAUGUAAAUUGAGAAAUUUGCCAAUUACUUAGAAACUGAAGCAGUUAUUCUAUUAUUUAAGCUUUUAGAUUCACAUAAUUGAAGCAAGAACUCAUACAGUAGAUGUUUACAAUGUUCCAAUAAGAUAGUAGGAUUAUGUAGUAUGAUAAAUAAUAAUUUAGGAAUCUAUGGUGAAUACAAUUUUAUAAUUACAUUUUACAUAACCAGAAGGAGAUAUCCUAGCAUUUUUAACAGGUUAAGAAGACAUAGAAGAUGUGAGAGAAAUACUUUUAGAGAGAAUGAAAAUAAGCAAUUAAGAAAAAUAAUUAGAAGUCAAAAUGUUAUAUUCAGCUUUGCCACCUGAAGUAUAAAUGGAGGCAUUUCAAAAAUGUGUGCAUAGAAAAGUAGUGUUAGCUACAAACAUUGCAGAAACAUCAAUAACUAUUGAUGGAAUAGUUUAUGUUGUUGAUUGUGGCUAUGUUAAAAUUAGAUCAUUUUAAAUUGGGAAAGCCAUAGAUACAUUAUUAUUGGCACCAGUUUCAAAAGCAUAAGCUGAAUAAAGGGCAGGAAGAGCAGGAAGACAAAGAUAAGGAUAAUGUUAUCGUCUUUACACUUAACAAACAUAUGAAAGAUUAGCAAAAUAUAUGUUACCUGUAUAUAAUUAAAAAAAUCAAUAUAGGAGAUCUUGAGAGUAAAUCUGUUAUCAGUUAUUCUGUAAAUGAAAGCUAUUGGAAUUUAGAAUGUCUUAACUUUUGAUUUAAUUGACAGGCCUGAUAUGGAAUUGAUGCUUGCAAAUCUAAAUCAAUUAGUAAAAAUGAAAGCUUUAGAUUCUGAAUUCAAUUUGACAUAACAUGGAAAGAAUAUGUCUAGUUUACCUUUAGAACCUUAAUUCUCUCAUUUUUUAAUUAAAGCAUAUGAAUGCGGUAUUUAUGAUUUAGCAUUAAAUUCUAUUUCCAUUUUAUAAGUCGAGAAUUUAUUUUAUUUUCAAAGGGGAUCCAAGGAAAAUUUACAAAAAAUAUUAAGCAAAUUCAAAAUUUCAAAUUCUGAUCAUUUAACUAAAGCUAAUAUUCUUAGAAAAUAUGAGGAAACUUAAAAUAAAAAAAGCUUUUGUAAGGAGAAUAGUCUUAAUCAUAAAACUUUAUAAAAAGCUAUAAGUGUUAAAUAACAAUUAAAAGACUAUAUGAAAAGAAUUACUUAAAAAGAAUUUGAAAAAGAAGACUAUGAUAAAUUUAAGUAAGUACUUUCUGAAUCUUUAAUGUUUAAACAUGCCUUUUAUUCUCCCUAAGAUUAAGCAUAUAAAUUAAAAGUAUUUAAAAUUUAUAAUUAAUAGCAAACAAAUUAACUAGCUUAUAUUCAUCCAGAAUCUGUAUUAUUUAAUUAGAAACCAAAAUAUGUUAUUUAUAAUGAAGUUAUUUUAACUAAAAAGGUCUAUUUAAGAGAUGUUACAGAGAUUGAUGAAUUAUGA